ACUGAGCAUGCGUACAUUAGUCAUCCAUCAUGGAGGAAGAGGGAGUCGAAAAUCUAUCUCCACAAGAAACUUUAUCAGCAAAACACAAAAAGGAAGCAAAAGAACUCCAAGCUCAAAUUCAAAAAUUGAAGCACAGUGUACCAAAGGGGGACAAGAAGAAGAAGAAGGACGUAGCUGCACAGAUUGCCAUUCUUGAAGCAGAACUCGAACAGAAGCACGAAAAAGAGAGACAAGAAUUGAACGACACAAGUGCCAAAGGGGUUGAUGAAACAGCAGAGCAACUAGAAAACCUAUCAACAUCAGUUACACAGAAUGCAUCACAGCCAAAGAAGCCAAGCAAAGCACAGAAAAGAAAGGUUAACCAUGAUUUUGAGAGUUCAGUUUUCAUAGAUUAA